UUUGUGAUGAGUAAAUUAAUGAGUAGAUUCUAUUUAUCAUCAUACAGAUAUUGAUGAGUAGAUUAAGUACCUAUCUAUAGGCUGUUGCUGUUGUUGUAAGAGUACUUAAGUAGAAAAAAAUACUUCUGGCGACGGCCAGCAGCAGAAUGUCUGUGCUUUUCUCUUUCUGUUAGCUAACCUGUCGUGACUUAAACUGACUCAAGCGGUAAUAUCUUCACCAUUUUGCUCUGCUCUUGUUCUCUUGUUUAUAUCGCUAGUUGAGAAUCCAGUCGAAUUUUCUACCUCUCUCGGGUACAAGUAUAAAAGGCAGCCAUACUAUCGUUAUCGAAAGCCCUCAGCGAGCAGCAGAAUGUCUUUUUACAUGAAGAACCUUUCUCGGGGCGAGGGCGCUCUUUCUCGCGAUGGGGAAGGUAUCUUCUUCCCGAUGUCGAAUGCACCCGAUGUCGAGACGUACUUUCAAAAGAACCGCAAGAAUAUUCACACCUACGUGCAAUAUUUCGGCGUGCCUAGGACCAUUCCUGAUCGAUCUUCUUCAUCUGCCUCCAAAAUGCUACAACAACCGGUCGUAGGGGUUGCGUCGAACGCAACAUCUUCAUCUAGUACAACUGCUCUCAACUACCAGAACAAUAUCAUGGAAGAGCAAUCAUCCAAGGCUUACUGCACUCGUACCAACAAGGGAGGUGGAGAUCAUCGUAACAGCAAGGAAGAUGAAGUACCAGAUAGAGUACUUCUCGGAGCACAUGAUCUUCAGGUCGAAGGCUACAUCAACAGUGAUCAAAAGCAGCAGAAGCAUGCGUCUUCUUCAAGCAGGAGUCCUCCUCGUCAAUUUCUCAACUACGCUGGCGGUGCAAGUUCUUGUACGUCGAGCAGGAUCCCGGAAGAGACUCCUUCCGAGAGUGGCGGCCUUGGUGUGCAGGACCAGAUGGUUGUUGAUGAGUGGAGAGCAGGGUUGCGGAAUCGAGGCAAUACGUGUUAUUUGAAUGCGUUGCUGCAGGCAUUGCACGCUUGCGCGCCGUUCCGGCGUCUCGUCACCCAUGAUAACUGGACGGUCGCACCAUCUUCACAGAAAAACGUCUCUCAAAAACGAGAGAUGAAAAACGACACCUCGGAAGGAAAUGCAGCUCACGAUCUUGAUGUCGACAACGGGAAGCCGCGCUAUGAUCAACUGCAGCAUGACAUAUUCGGACAACAUGAUAAUCUUCCUGGUGGUACCAUUUUUAGUAACAAGCAGAUGAAUCCAGGUGGAGGCCAGCACCAGUCGUGCGACACCAGCACAGAAGCGAUGAACAUACCAUUUCAACUGCAACGCCUCUUUCUGCAACUGUCGUACUCCAAUGACGGCAAUGGCAUAGAUACCGGGCCUCUCCUUCGAAGUUUCGGCCCAGGUUUCUCGGCUGCCGACCAACAUGACGUUUCGGAGAUGUGUCGCGUCUUUCUGCAGGCUCUAGGGGACAGCGCUUCGAGACUCUCUGCAGGCAUCGAGAGCCUGUUUGGGAUCGACUCUACCAGUGUUUUAGAAGAAAUACCUUCACCGCAGAGGACGGAACCCUUAGUACAGCUGCAAUUGAGCGAGUACGAGAAUAACAAGGAGAAGGUAGACCUGACGUUCAGCUCUGCACCUUCUACCAGUGGAGGAAGUCGUGUCUUCGUCGACAAGGAACAACAUGAAAAUGCACCUCCAGCAGCUUUUAGUAGUAAUCAAAAUCAUGCUCUUUCUGCUCGUCGCAGGGAACGAAAUGAGUGGGCCUUAGACCUGAGUCUCCCAGUGAUAUCGAGUUUCGAAGCUGGCGUGCCGCAAUUACACCCUGACUUUGACGCGUGCGUGCGGGCUCUGAAAGCGCGUGAGACGAUGACAGGGGCAGAUCAGUGGGAAGCUGAGCCUGGCGUGAGGGUAAAUGCCGCAAAGUAUACUGACUUCAAGGGCCCUCUUCCAAAGAUUCUCGCCUGUCACUUGCUGUCCUUCUACUACGACACAACAACGGGGACCCGCUGCAAAGUAGAUCUCUUUAUGCACUGGUCUAUAGGUGGACCAACAAUUUUUAAUUACGUACGCCUUUUUCUAGAGAUGUCAACUGAACUCUUUUUUUUGUCUAAAAAGGUCUACCUGAUUAAUUACGGACCCCUUUCUGAGAAUAUCCGAUCGAGUGACUACCACUCGCUUCAUUCUAAGCAUUUUGAAGCGCGACGGAACAAGAGCAGAGAAUUACGCGGCCGUGGUGCUAGCUACCAUGCUCGACGACGCGGAGCGACACUGCAUACCCCGACGUCAGCGGUGGUGGAUUAUAGCGUCUUCGGAAACUGCGGAACCGCCACUCCUGCCGCGUCACUCGCUGCUGCGUCCCCAGCUUGCAUCUCUUCCCCUAGUGCGCAAAAUGCCUCUUUUUCCCCUAGUGGACGGGGUCGCUGGCACUCCAUACCGCUUAUCUAUGAUUUCGAACGAGCGCUAGAGAUCAAGUAUGAUUCGGAUACAGUUCUUACAGACGCUGUUCAGAUUAAGGGUUUCCGAACAACUACCUCCCUCACCACCAUCCUUGGCUCUUUAUUUCCUAGUAGAAAGAAAAGAAGCCAGGGUGGAUGCUCUGAGGAAUGUAGAUUUUCGUAGUCUCUAAUGUUGAGAGUAAAAAACUAAACGAUGCGGUCAAAUCAUUUUACGAGAACGACAUGGGUCGCGAAGGUAGCAACACCAGCACGACCGCGAGUGGCUUUGGAGGUGGACCUUUGAGUAGCCUCUAUAGUUCGUCGAGUGACGACGCAGAUGCAGAUUCUUUCGCAGAAUCGCGUUCAGCUGUUCAAACCACUAGUUGCUUCCUACCACCCAAAAACUCCUCACGAGCAGGACCGUGCCAAGGUGAUAGCGCUAGCACUGUAGUAGAUGAGUCAUUCUCUGGCGCAAGCACAUCUUCUUCGGGCGAAGCGCUCCCUGAAGUCCCUAGUAGUUGUGGCCCGGGGAGAGCACCAGCUAGCACGUCGGAGAACAAGCCGCCUUAUAUGCUCAGAGCCGUGUGCUUUCAUCAAGGAUCAACGAGUUUCGGCGGACACUACGUCGCUUGUGUGCGCAGCGGUCAGGACUGGUUUCUUUGUAAUGUUAAGGCUUUUCGAAAUCCAUCGAUCUUCGUUCCUCCAGAAUAUCAAUAUCUAUCAGAUAGACGCUCAUGUGUCUUGGAUUGAUUCAACGAUAACCAAGCAGGAAAGUAGGGCCAUCACCAUGCAUGAUGAUUGUUAUAUUGUUAUAAAAUAUAUUUAUAUAUCAGAUCAUGGAGGUUUUUCGCAUUCUGCUCUAAGACUGACAUCAGAAAAGAGAAAAUCCUUGGUGUGUCGAACUCAGGGCCUGACUUUUCCAGUGGCGAAUAUGGAACUCCUUACUUCCUACUAUACGAGCUGAUGGAUCCAAAUAACCCUGUUGAGGAUGAAGAAGAAGAUCUACAUCUCCGUGUUAAUACGAUGUUACACGAGGCAGAAGUAGCGGAGGCACAGAGGACACAAGUAGGACUGCAUGAGGAAGAACAUUCUGGCUAUAGCUUACAACCUGCUACAGAACGCUCACACGUACACGCUGUGCAAGCAGUAGGAGGUAAUAAUUCCUGGGAGGCAAUUGUCCGGAACAUUCAGGCAGAAAAUCGACUGCGCAGGGAAGCGGAGUUGCUCUGCAACCUAUCACGCCAAGCCUUAAAGAUUCGGGUUUAUUCGGCGUCCUCGCAGGAAAUGCACAUGCAUGCUAGCAUGCAGCAGUAUAUGCUAGACACAAGCACGUCGUUUGCGACACGGCUUGAUCACGGUGGAGGUGGAGCAAAUUAUCUUCCUCGCAACAAUGAUCUCCUUGUCCAGAUGGCAGGAGGUGGGCUGCCUAAUAGUAACACUCGAGGCCAUGUCGACAAUGUUAUGGACGACCAGCUGCCGGAACAGCCUAUCAGGCUUACGGGAUGCCUCGUGUCAGAUUUUUCGUUAUCGGACUCGCCAGCGACGAUGCUUUUCGCUCGAGACAGCGGCGCCUUACCCGGCGAGUCAGGUCCUAGCUGCGGCCUUUUCCCCAGCAUACAGAAAGAAGAGCGCGACCCUUUCCCUGCACACCGAGAACUAUCUUCUAGUGCUUUCGGUGCGUUGCCAUUUGUUCCACGAUUCAGCCUCGCAGAAGCAGACGUCGUGGUGGCAGAGCACGAUAAAUUGAUCAAAAAUGAAGGUGCUCCUCGUCUCCUGGAUAAAUUUGUCACUGCGAGGACCGACCCACACCCCCGCGGAGGGACCGGCUGCUCCAAUAUCAUCGGUAUUCCUAGUACGGGGGUGGACGCACUUGCUGGACAUGUUUUGGCUGGAAAGUCAGUCCUUGUCGAUGAUCUCGAUAUGGAGGGUACUACGAGCGAAGACUUUGGUGCAGAGACCGAGGAGGACGAUUACGAAAUGGAAACGGUGCCUUCUCCUUGCGUUACGGGCGCCGGUUGGAAGUUGUUGACCUCUCUACUCGCAUAUCUCGGGCAUCCCGAUAUCUAUGGCAUGCUCAAGUAGGAAAGUCAUAUUAGAUAUGCGAGAGAGAAAGAGGAACUUUCAACCCCUAAUUGCGGGAGCUCUUCGGUAACGGAAUACGCGUUCAAAUUUUCUCGUCAGACGACGGGAACUUCUGUGACUCAGCAACAACAACAUACCAAGGAUCAACAUGACCACGCGGACGUUGUUGUAGAUGACCACCAGGAGUAUCAUGAUCAACAUCUACAACUUGGCAGCAAGAAUGAUGCUCCUGCAAAUAUGAUAGCUCCUGAAAGUAGAAGAAAUCAUCCAGGCGUGAUGACGACAACAGACCAUAUUACAGGUCGAGCCGUCGUUCCACUGCCAAAAGCACGACGUGGGGAAGAGUAUCAACAGAUGACGCUGCUCGACGUGCCGCGAUUCGUUCGCGAUCAUCGUCUCAGAGGAUACGAUCCGUCGACGGGCAUUGUGUCUCCGAUAGAUUUUGGUUCGUUUUCAGCAGGCCAAAAUGAACGUGCUGGAACAUCUUCAGCACUGGGUCAACAAUAUUCUGGUACUACAGGAGCCACUCGGGGUACUAUUCCGUCGAACUACAUGAACGCAGAGUGUGGUGUGACGCAAUCGGGAUCGGUCUGCGUGGCUCUGGUGAAUCUUGCAACGAGCUUUAAGGGACGUAAAAACGGUUUUGAGCAACUUCCUUCCCCUUCCCUUGCGCGUGGUGAUUCUUCUGCCUACACGGUCGAGCGCGUUGGUAUGUUUCUUCCUUCGGGCGAUCUGGUAGAGAACAUUCAAGCCUUCUUCUUCGGUUCUCAGAGUCCUGAAAGCAAGUCCUCGAAGCGAUAUUUUCAAGGUUCAGGUUCCUGCGCCACGACUCGUGCUCCCGCAACUAUUAAGGCUGUGGACAACAUCAUGUUGACAGGAGGUCGAGCAGCAGAAUCCGCACCGGGGGCAUCCUCGAUUGAUGCGGCAUCUUCGACGUCUUUUCCGACUUGGUCGACUGCGAACUUCGUUCUUCUAGUAAGGAAGAACGAGGUAGCUCACAGCGAUGUUGAUGGUAGAACGAGUCGGCGCGCUUUUUCUAUAGAUUCCUGCGCGACAGGAGCAAGCUCCGUUUCCUGCAUGGCAACGGAAGCCUGCAGCGCGCUUUCUGUACCCUCCUCGACUUGGAAACUGAUUACCCCCGCGCAUCUCUUAGAUACGCUAUUGCACCAAGGUGGCCCUGGCCGCUCGGUGGAGCGCCAGCAGACGGGUUGUACUUCGGCGGGUUGUAC